CUCACUCUGGUGAUAAUAAUCUGAGAGAAAUCACACGACACACAGGUGGUUCAGUGCUGUUCCCCUGCUCCUGCUCUGACCUGAACACCAAACCUCAGAUAUUCACCUGGGAGACCUUCAGAACAGGACGUGCGACAGAAAUGUUAAAUGAUAAACACUACCGUGGCAGACUUCAGCUGUUUAAUCACAUUUCUCCUUCUAAUCUGUCUCUGCUCAUAUCUGACCUGAGAGAAGAGGAUCAGGGAGUCUACAGGUGCAGCACUGAGAAGGAACACAGAGACAUCAGGCUUAAUGUUAAAGGCUGUGAGCUGGUGAAGAAGACAGGGGUAGAGGACGUGACUAUGUUCACAGGAGAGUCUGUAGUUCUGCCCUGCGUCUGCACUGACCUACAGGACAAACCAAAGUCUGUAAAAUGGGAGUUUUCAAUACCAGCAAUUGGAAUCAGUUACAUUCAGGAAAUUUACCCUGAACAGACUGGACGUCACAGAAACAGAGUCAAACUGGUCAGUAACAACGCUCCAGGAAACCUCUCUCUACUCAUAUCAGACCUGACUGAAGAGGACCAGGGAGUCUACAGAUGUUCUGUACAGGCUGAUAGCAGAGAUGUCAGAUUAUCUGUUAAAGUAGGAAGAAGAGAAACUUCAACACACUCGAGGAAAACAGACACAACACGUCCAUCAGAACAACCUCAGAGAGGAAGAUGUGGAGAGGACGUGAUGACUGAAGGACAUCAGGACUGUGAGGGAAAGCCGGAGGAUCGGCCUGAACCUGACGUUGUCACUUUCUGUACUAAAUAACACACGAACACAGCCGGAGCAGCACGAGUUCAGAUCAACACUGGAGAGAAAACUGAAUAUAGCAGCAUUAUAACAAUCUAAUCCAAAAUAAAUAUAGACACGUUCUCAGAUAUUAUAGAAUAAUGCUGAAAACAUAUAUUAAAUACACACCAUGGCCUAGCGCAAGACUCACUCUGUUGGAUUUAUUGUAAGUAUCUGAAAUUUUGCUAUUUAAAAAAUCAGAUUCAGACAUAUACGUGUGUGUGAGAGAGUGUGUGUGAGAGAGUGUGUGUGUGUGUGUGUGUGUGUGUGUGUGUGUGUGUGUGUGUGUGUGUGUGUGUGUGGUUCCAGAUAAUUGUGUUCUCUUCACCUUCAUUUAUAUUAGCUAAGGGUAUUGUUCUGCAUUCACUUUGUCUAUUAAUCAUUAAAAAAUGCUGAUGGAUAAUCUUGCAAAUUAUAUUUGAAUGUACGUGUUAUUUUAUAUCUUAUGUGUACCAUUCUUACGUAUAUGAGAUUAAAAAAUUAAUGCUCUAGGAGACUUUUGCAUAAAUAGACUGCUAUAGAAGUUCUUGUUUGUGACUUUUUUAAAACUUUGAGUAAGAAUAAAAAAGGAUUGUUGAAUCUGCCUGAACUGAACGUGUAUUUCUAUUCUUUCCCCCUAACACUCCUUACAAUUUGUUCACUUUUUUUCACAAUUAGUUACAUGCUUUUAUUAAUAAUGCAUUUACUGAAAAGUGAUGUGCUUCAUUUACAUGAUUCAAAGGUGUACAGCAUAUUCACAGAAUAAAAUAAUUACAUCAACACAAUUAUUUGCAAAAGAAUGUAAACUGAAAGAGUGAAAUUGUGUUGGUGUAAUAUAUAUUUUGUUCAUGCAGGAAUGAAGAAAUCAUUUGAAAUGUGGAUCACUUUUUUCAGUGCUUGAUUGAUGUUGUACUUGCAUAUGUGAGUCUAUAUGUGU